ACUUUUUUACCAAGAUGUCUGAAUUGGGUUUACAUCUCUCUAGCCUAGCCUAGGUCAAUCAUCCAAGGCAAGGCAAGUCUUUCGGUCAGAUAUCUGUUUGUUAACCUUUGAUUUUUUACAUUGUGGCGUGAGGUCAGGAGGAACUAACAACAAGUAAAAUACUGAAACUACACACACAUCUUGCUUCUCUUCUUCCUUUUAGGCUUGAGGAAGCCUAAUUCUUAUUUAAAGCAGAUUUACAACAAAAUCAAGGAAGCCUGAGUGACUCAACAGUUAUCUUAUUGUCAACUACGAAUUUAUUAAGAGAUUUACUCGGAAUUAGGUUCAAUUGGAAUUCAACAUAACACAAUGUUACUAUCUCUAAUCGGAAAAACCUACGUUCUACCACUGAUAGGUGCCUACACUUUUAUUGUCAGUGGUAUCAUCAUAAAUCUGCUACAAGCCUGCUGUUUAAUUCUCUGGCCAAUAAGUAAAAGUCUAUACAGACGAUGUGUAUGCUUUUUCGCUUACCAGCACUGGGUUCAAAUGGUGUUCUUUUUUGAUCAUUGGGCAAAAGCAGAGAUUAUAUUUUACCAUGAAAAAAACUUCAUUGAAAUGUUAUCUACAGAGCACGCCCUUAUUGUUAUGAAUCAUCGUUUUGAUGUUGAUUUCUUAGUGACAUGGUCAGCGUGUGAGAAGUUUGGUAUACUAGGGUCAUCCAAAUCAUUUGUGAAAGAGGAACUGAAGUACAUUCCUAUUGUUGGUUGGGGUUUCUCUUUAAUUGAAAUGGUAUUCCUGAAAAGAAAUUUCCUGAAGGAUCGAAAGGCUUUGGUUGAUGGGAUUAGUAUAUUAAAAGAUUAUCCAGUAAAAUCAUGGAUGUUACUUUUUUGUGAGGGAACACGUUUUACGAGAGAAAAACAAGUGAAAGCAAAUGAAGUUGCCAAGGAAAAAGGUCUAAAAGAACUGAAAUACCAUUUAUUACCUCGUACCAAAGGAUUUUCUGUUAUCACACAAGCAAUGAAGGGUGUUGUUCCUGCUAUGUAUGAUGUAACAUUGUGUUGUAAAGAUGAACCUACUUUUAUGCAAGUUGUUUCAGCUAAGAAGAUGAAAUUUCAUGUCUUAACAAGGAGGAUAGCGGCUGACAAUAUUCCAACAGAUACUGAUGAGGAAAGUGCAGCAUUUUGUCACAAAUUGUAUCAGGAAAAGGAUGAUGCAGUUGAUUAUUUUCAUAAACAUGAUACGCUGGAGGGCUACCAGGGCAAGUACGUAGGAACCAAGUUAAGUGUAAACAAUGGCCCGGUCUUGGUCUUCAUAUUCUGGUCAACGCUUCUGUUUACUCCGUUUGCUUUCUACAUGAUAUACUUACUUUACACAGGGACUAUCUAUACGUACUUAGCACUUACUGUUGGGACUUAUUUAGCGUACUUACUAUGCAAAAGAAUGAUAUCAGAGACUGUUACAUCAAAAGGCUCAACAUACGGAUCUACUAUUUCCAAUGGCGAUGCCACUCAAUCGCAAAUGCAACCUUCAAGCUAAACAAAUAAGCAGGACUAAUCAAAAAGAGGCUUCUGAAGAAUUAGUAAAAAAUAUUAAGUACAACCAUUCCUCAUUAUGGUGUGGUUAAUAAUAAGAGGACAAUAUAAUGUACUUAUUUUACUAAGUAUUAAGCUCAGACAUUGUAGUUUUAAGGCAAAAAUAAACAGGGAUUUGGUGUUCAUCAACUUCUAAACCAUGAAUGAACUUCAUGCCUAUCUAUUUCCUGAUUUAUAAUCUCAGAUUACUAGAAUUAGAAGGUCAGGGAUGGUGACCUUAAAGAACAUGACGACUUUUACCCUUGUAAUAUAUCUAUAUAUACAAACAGAUAUUGAUUACUUAGUAAACAAAGCUUACCUCUACUAGAAUGUUAUCUUCAAAGUCAUACAAGUUCAUUGAUCUUGCACCCAUCUCUCAGGGUAAAAAAUAGCAUUAAAGAUAAUUGGCAAAUUAGAUCCAAGUACUCAAAAACUGUCAUACAAAAUUACCAAAAUGUAAUCAUCCCAUUCCACUGUUAAAAAUGACCUAGCAAAAACACUCUGAAUAUCCCACAUACAUAGUGUACAUAAACAUUCUCAUGUGUACAUAGAAAAAAGAAAUAUGAUUGUAAAAUGACAGAGACUGCAGUAGGAAUAUCUUGGACUGUAUGAUUGCUCCAAUAUAGAAACAAUACAGUUAGUCAUCAAUAUCAUAUCACUCGAGGGAUAAGCAAUAGCGUAUCUAGAGGAUGUGCUGGCUGCGCACUCUCUUCCCCUAAAAGAACUUGUCUGCCUCAAGUUGCUCCCCUACCACCCAGUCGCUUUCCCCAUUGAAAGUAUUUGAAGCACAAAAAUGACCUCAUAUCACCUUAUUUUGCUAGCUAGUGCCCAUUAUUACU